CUGCAGUCUGGCGGGAGAACAAUUUGUAUGAAUGCGAAGCCUCUGAAGUGAAAAUAGUUCCUUUCGGUGAUGAGUGCAGUUUACGCCCCUUGUGACUGAUAUGUUACUGUAUGUAACGUUCAUAAGUGUAGUGGGAGCAUUCCUCACAUACAAAGGAAUGCUGUGCCCCCUUUUGCUGGAAGAAGGAAAUGCAGCCCUGCAUCAAGGACCAAGACCUCAGACAUAAGCUGAGAAAUUCUACAGUAAACUGCAACCUACCUCAGUCGCUUGAGGAUUGGUUUGGGAAUCAGGAGGUCCCAGGUUCAAACCCACCAGGACUUCAGAUGUUUGGUAGGCUGAAGGGUGUCCUCGGUGGGCCGCAGGGGCCUGCAGCUUCUGGGACUGUGAGAGUGGCCCCUGACCCGGCUCCUGCUCCAGCCACGGGGGAGAAGCCAGUUGAUAAGGGUGAAGCCAAAAGGGAAGACAAACAGCAUUCAGCUCCAACCCCGGCCACUACGACAGAUCCAGCUCCAGCACAACAACCCAUAGUAACUACAGCUAACUCUGAACCAGUUGGGUUAGAUGGACAAGAAGCAAAUCCACCCCCAACUCUUCCAGUUGUCAUCAGCAAGAAUUCAGAUGAGCAGAUCAGAGCCAUAGUGAGACGGAUGAGAGAGAGACUUCAUGUCUACAAGGAGAAAGUGAUUGAUCAGUACGCCUCCUCCCCUGAGAUUAGCCCCCCUGUCACACCACUGCUCAACAAGGGCGAAUAUGCAAAGGUCAUACAAGAGAGGAAACGACAAGCAGAGGAGGAGCAGAGAAAGAAGGAGGAGGCUGACCGGCAGAAGAAAGAGGCGCAGGAGAAGAAGAAGAAAGAGGAUGAGCAGAAGAAGAAAGAGGAGGAGGACAAGAAGAAAGCAGAGAUGAAGGAUGAAAAACAGAAUGUAAGCAUGAAGUCCAGGUUAACUGAUGCCGCCUGGUCCUGUGUGGACCUGGUGCUGAAGCCAGUUGAGGACAGCAUGGACUCUGUGCUGGGGAAGACCAUCGACCCGUUCACAGACCGUCACUACAUUGCAUGGCUGAGCGUGGUUACUCUGGCUUUUAAUUACAACACAUGGUUUGUCACGGCCCGACUGUGUUUCCCAUAUCACACGGCCCGCGCCAUCCCUUACUGGUUUGCACUGGACCUGCUGGCCGACCUUGUCUACCUCAUAGACGCCAUCAUCUUCCAGCCACGCAAACAGUUUGUCAAAGGAGGAGACAUAGUGAAAGACAGACUGGUGACAAAGAAAAAGUACAGAGAUUCAGAGAGAUUCAAGGCUGACUUCUUUUGCCUUUUACCAUUUGACCUGCUCUACAUCCAGUUUGGAUUCAAAUCAAUUUUCAGAGCCAAUCGUCUGCUGAAGGUAGACACAUUUUUUGAGUUCAGUGAUCGGCUGGAGAGCAUAAUGACCAAGGCUUACAUCUGGAGAGUCAUUCGCACCAUUGGUUAUCUGCUCUUCAUGCUCCACCUCAACGCCUGCUUCUACUAUGUUGCCUCGGACUAUCAGGGCAUCGGUAAAACCCCGUGGGUGUACUCUGGCCUGGGCAGCGCGUACCUGCGUUGUUACUACUUUGCAGUUCGCAGUUUGAUCAACAUCGGGGGUCUCACCGAGCCCCACACUGUCUUUGAGAUUUCCUUUCAGCUCACUAACUUUUUUACGGGCGUCUUUGUGUUCUCCACUUUAAUUGGACAGAUGAGAGACGUCAUUGGUGCAGCGACAGCAGGACAGACCUACUUUCGAACUUCCAUGGAUAACACGGUGGCCUAUAUGGUGACCAAUCACAUUCCUACAAUGGUGCAGAACAGAGUCCGCACCUGGUACACCUACACCUGGGAUGCUCAGGGGAUGCUGGAUGAGUCAGAGCUGCUGGACAAGAUGCCUCUGGUCAUGAGAACCGCAAUAGCUGUGGACAUCAACCUGGCAACAUUUCAGAAGAUUGAUCUUUUCAAGGGUUGUGACCAGCAAAUGUUGGUGGACAUGUUACUGAGACUCAAGUCUAUCAUCUAUCUUCCUGGAGACUUUGUGGUCAAAAAGGGAGACAUCGGUAAAGAAAUGUACAUCAUCAAAAGUGGAGCAGUGCAGGUGGUGGGAGGACCCGACAACAGUAUUGUCUUUGUCACACUGAAGGCUGGUUGUGUGUUUGGAGAAAUCAGUCUGUUGCAGUCUUCCAAAGAUGGAGGAAACCGGCGCACUGCUAAUGUCAAAGCCCACGGCUUUGCCAACCUGUUCGUCCUCGAGAAGAAGGACCUGUUCGACAUCCUCGUCCACUACCCAGAGUCUCAGAAAGUGCUGGCCAGGAAGGGAAGGGAGCUCAUGAAAGCCAAGGCUCCAGCUGCAGCUAAAGUAGAUGAGGAAAAGAAAAGGGGCCUGGUGCUGUUUGGAGCCAAACCGCCAACACCCAAACUGCUGCGAGCUUUUGGAGGAACCAUCAACAAGACAAUCAUUAACAAAAUAAAGACCACUGCUGGUCCAUGGAAACUGUAGUGUUCUAACUUUUUGUUUUAUUAUCUGCUCCUUUUUGGGAGUGAAUGUGUUUUUCAGUAUCUAGCAUGCUUUUGUAUUGUGUUCUAUUAAAUCAACAGGCGCUCCUGUCAAUUCCAGGGCUCUAUACUGUAUUGGUGGAAGUUUAAAUCUGAAGAUGCAUUUAUGAUUGUGAUGGAUUGCUUAAUAUUUAACUCAAAAUCUGUAUCCUGCAGUGAUCCUCACAGUACAAAUGCUCUGUGAAUAAAAGUGACCUUCCUGAUUUUACAUGUUGUCCUUUAGGAUCAUGCUGUGUAUGUGAUUGAUUAUUACAGUGAUUUAUUACAGUAUUUAUGACCAAAAUAUUUAUUUUAUAUUAUAUUAAUUUAAUAUUUAUCAACAUGUGUUAAAGUUGUAGUUAGUUGUAAGUGUAAAUAUAUACAGAAAGACUCAACAAAGCUGAAAAAUAUUUGAUCACUGUUUUUUAUGGCUGUGCAUAUUUGCAUAAUAUACAGUUGAAUAUAUAAAAAUAAUUCAUUAAACAUUUAAAAGCAUACAUUUCCUGAUUUCCUUUUUUAUUUUUUGUUUGCUUCUUGUGUGUCUGUCAGCGUGUCGGUGUGUGUUAGUAGCAGGAGCCUCAGAGAGGUUUUCACUAAUCUCGUUAGCCUCACAUGCAAGUUGCUGUGGGGGUUCAUUAACUAAGUGGUUUGUGAACUGCUCGUUGCCACAGGGACUGAAAUACCCCAGCAUGUUCUAAAUGUAUCCAGCUCCUUCUGUCCCAUGUUGUUGUAUUAUUAGUUAUAAUCAUAAAAAAUCGUCUUGUUUCUUUGUUGCACAACUGAGAUGUUGUUUGUGUAUAAUAAUGAUUUCUAAUGACUGGCACCACAACAAUAAAUUGAGGUGAAUGACAUGAUAUUACAGCUUGUAUUGGUUAUAAACAUGGUUUGCCAUCACAUUCUGAAGUGAAUUGACUCUGACCUGGAGCCCAGUCGUCCUGCCUGCCAGUGAUUGGCAGCUGUGGCAGCUGAUCUCCUGGAGAAAGCAGUGCUCAGAGGGAAUUAAUGACAAUUCAGUGGC